GGCAUCGUUUCGGUAUCAUUAAACGCAAUUGACAUCUGCUGACUGGCAGUUGGUUGCCAACUGGUUGCUCGACGAUGGCUGGUGGUACCGUGCGCCAUAGUAUUUGCAGUUCCUUCUCCUCGAUGUUUGAUCGAUCUGCUUGCCUACCCUUAACGUUAUCCUAUUUCUACCCGAUAACUAGCUUGUCCCGCGAAAACCUCCACCUUCGUCGAGCUUAAACGUCCCUAUUAUACUGCCAUUUCAGGCUACUCGCGUGAUCUUUGCCAAUAUUAUAGGGAAAACUUUGUUUCCACGUAACCGAUCGUUUCGUUGAUGGAAUAUAAACUUUGGAUCCUGUACGGUUUAUUGGAAUUGAUGGAACUUAAAAGCGACAGUGAAUCGUGGGUCUUGUUUGCGAUGGUAUCGGCCGUUGAGAUUGGAGGGAUCAAUUAUGGGUGAAGGCGAUUCGAUGUUGUCGAUGGAUCGAUUGGAGAUAACGAUCAAUGAUUAUCCGAGCUUCUUCUCUUUAUUGCGGUGUAAAAUAUAAAAAUAACAGAUGAAUUUCCAAAAAUCCCAACACUCUUAUAUGAAAAGCGGUCUCUGAAAACCUGUUAAUCCAGUGAAAACAGGUGAAAACGUAAGAUCGGAAGGAGCUUGCGGUGCUGGAUUUUUCCCUGGCGCAUUUUUUGUCAGUCUGUUUUGCAAGCGAGGGGUGGCUCUUUCUCUGUCGACAGUGGGUGUCGAUAUUAGGGGUAGCGAGAGGAGUUGGAGAGGCCGAGGAGGGUAGUGGAUUUGGGGGUUGGACCCGUGUCGAGGUGGGGCAAAGGUGACCCCCGCGGAUCAAUACCGACCCUGGUUCGGCGCCUACACCGUACUCCAACCACCGAUGUUCUUGUAUUUCCUCUCGAAAUCGAACCACAUUUCAUACCUUGUUCUCCAAGAAAAUUUACUUGAAACCUUCAUAAUCAUUCGUCAUUGAAUUUCCUUGGAAGGAAGUCGAGUCAGUUUCUUGGAAACACGUGGUAGCGUGUGCAAUCCAAUUUUCCUACGCGUUUUCACGAGGCGCGAAAGUAGCUGGCGUUCGAGCGAGCGUAACGGAGAACGCUUGAAACCGUUCAUUGGACGAGGAUGAUGCAACGAAGACGCCAGUCGAUUACUUCACUGCUUUCUCUUGUUCCGGAUAAGCGUAAUAUCGUUCAGGAUUAGAAAUGGUAUCGAGGGGCGAGAGGUGAAACGAGAUGUUUCGCGAGCGUGACGAGCACGAAGGGCGUCUCGUGCUCGCCGGCCUGUUUCUCUUCUCCUUCGACGCGGCAAAUUAAAUUCGAGCUUUCUCGAGCGUGUCUCCUGUUUCUCGCGAGCCUAAUAACUUAUUCCUUCGACCCGUUGAUGAUUAAUUUACCAGUGUUUCGCAAUAGUUCAGAAAGUAAGAGUAAAGGUGCAGAGCGUCGAACAGCGUAAAGCUCUUGAUACCGUGUAAGCAGGGACAACGGUGCGAAUUAAUGUCGAUUUAUUAUUCGUACUUGGUACAUGCUUGUUGUUGAAAUAUUGUUGCAGUUCGGCGCGAUUUUAUCUGGAAAGAUAUUAUAGAGAUUGCAACACGUGUACCGGCGUACAUGUGUUGUGCAUGCGAUAGAGAAAGAUACAGGGGAAUUCGAAUUAAUGGAGAUAGAACUGCCACGGAUGGCAUGUGAUUAUCGCAUUGAUUGCCAUUGUAAAUUCACCGAAAUUUCUAAUUAUAAUUGCGGAUAUUUGAAUGCCUAUUAUCAGAAUGUUCUACCAUUCAAACGCGCUAUUAUUCAAGCAGUAUAUCCCUGUAGAGUAGUACAGCGUGACGAAAAUGCUUGGAGUGAUUGUAGCAGCGGAUCUUUAAUAAUAAUUAUUUAAGUAUAAUGCUUCCAUAGAAGUUGAAUAGCGUGCGCAAGAAUGAAAGUCUGGAUAAAAGCUUGUACAAUUCAUUGUCAUUUAUCGGUAGUUGGGUUAUUUCUUCUAAAAUAUUCUAUGACAAAUGUAAGAAAAGCGGGAGGUCUUAUUGAAAUUUCAUUUACGAUAGAAUUUCGGCGCUUUGAAAAGAUUCCAAAUUUAAUUGGCAAUCGUGAAAUUGAGCAAUCUAAAUCUUGAAACUCCGCUUCUUAGAAUCUAACGUUCAAGUUUCUACCUCGACGGCACAGAUUUUUCCUUUUCUUUGACAAUGACGCGAUUUCUCAAGGGUUCUCUACGACCCUCCGGAGAUCUUUUGAGAACUUAGCAACGAAGAAAGAGGAUGUUUGCCUUCGAAGUAGGGUAAAAACCUAAUUUGUCGACGUCGCAGCUCGUUCCAGAAGUUCUCUAACGAAUUUCAGUAGCAUCCACGAACCAGCUCAACCACCAACGAGAAUAUUGAAUUAAAGAAAAAAAGUAAAGGAAGUGAAACUUCAAACUUCCAUUAAAAAUUCUUUUUUAAAAAGGUUCGCGAGAUCAGAAUUUACUCUUCUGCUGAAUUUUUCGUGGCAGAUUUUUUUCAACGAGAGUAAUAAUCUCGAGCAUAACCGAAUCGACCGGAUCCAGGAUGUCAGUGUCCGGUGUCCGCGGCCGGAAGUGAGCUGUGGCGAACGGAUACAGCUAGUCACGUGUCUCGUUGCGUGGUAUUACGUCACGAGAACGAGAUGAAAAAAGGGCAGCUGGAAAAAUUGAGUACCAUCCUUGUACGAUAUAUUUUAGGAAUUUAAAGCCAUUUUUACAAGCUUGGUACGAUUGAAUCUGCAUCGAUCGUGUUUUAUUUAUCGAUUUCCCGUGGAUCGUUUUCUAUUCGUUUGUUUUCAUUUCCGUGUUUUCAAGCAUGAAACUGGUGAAGAAUUAUGAGAAAAAAUGUGGCUGUCAUCGAAGGGAGAAUCUGUUCGUUUCUCUGACAAGAUUGAAAGUAGAGGAGGAAGAAUGUCGACAGUUCGAGGUCGAUUCAAAGUACAAAGCGAAUCGUUGCGUGAGCGGGGGCGGUGGCCGCGGAAACGGUGCGACUGGCGGUACCGGAGGCGGUCUAGGUAACGGAGGCAGCGGCCGCGGAGGCGGCGGGGGCGGCAGCCCCGGUAGGGGCGGAGGAGGAGGAGGAGGAGGCGUCGGCGGAGGCGGCGGCGGAGGAGGCGGAGGAGGAGGAGGAGGAGGAGGAGGUCGCGGUGGAGGAAUAGACGGUGGCGCGGUGCCUGCUGCAGCACCACCGACCGUCGGCCAUUACCACCACCACCACCACCAUCACCAUCACCAUUAUCAUCAUCUCGUCACCACGACCACCACGACUAACACCACCACCACCACUGGCGUCACCAGGCAUCUUAGGCACAAGCUACCCCUCGGCAAGCAGUGCCUCGAACACCGUCAUCAGCACCGGCAUCACCAUCGGUCCCCCUAUCGGGCCUUAAACAUGGGCCAAAAGAUUUCAGGCGGCGUGAAAAGCGUGACACGCGAGGCUGCAGCUGGAACAGUCGGUGGAGUGAGCGUCGGCGGUGGCGGCGUGGUAGCGUAUAAACCAGUGGUACCCAGAGAGCUGGCGCAACAUUUCGCAAGGCCACCACGGCUCGAUGUUCUGUUCGACAUGCCACCCGCCUCGCGGGAGACGCAGAUUCAUCACAGCUGGAACGCCAACGAUCGUAGCCUCAAUAUAUUUGUCAAGGAUGACGACAAGUUAACGUUUCAUCGGCAUCCCGUGGCCCAGAGCACAGAUUGCAUAAGGGGGAGGGUGGGAUACACGAAAGGUAUGCACGUAUGGGAGUUGUUUUGGAGCACGAGGCAAAGAGGCACGCAUGCCGUGGUGGGCGUCGCGACGGCAGAGGCACCGCUUCACAGCGUCGGUUAUCAAAGCCUGGUCGGCAACAACGAACAAAGCUGGGGUUGGGAUUUAGGUAGAAAUAAACUUCUUCACGACUCGAAGAACAAUACCGGUAUCACGUAUCCGGCCUUACUCAAACCCGACGAAACGUUCAUCGUUCCUGAUAAAUUCCUUGUGGUCCUGGACAUGGACGAAGGUACGUUAGCGUUCGUCGUGGACGGUCAGUACCUUGGCGUUGCGUUCAAAGGACUCAGAGGCAAGAAGCUACACCCUAUCGUUUCUGCUGUGUGGGGACACUGCGAGAUCACGAUGAAAUACAUCGGUGGACUUGAUCCCGAACCUUUGCCCCUCAUGGACCUCUGUCGAAGAGUAAUUCGGAAACGAAUCGGCAAGGAGAAGAUAGAAGAAAAGGUGAACGCUUUGAGCCUACCGUUAGCAUUGAAAACUUACCUCCUGUAUCGCGACAGGAGGUAACCACCGAACGGUAUCUUAAAGGAAACCACCACGAUCGCGAUUGUGAACACCACCGCGCUAUUAUUAUACCGUUGCCACCACGACGCACAGGGGAACGCCCGCUACCCCGUCGCCAGCCACCGAGCACAACAGCCCAUAAGCCGCUUCUACGAUCUAUGGUGUUUGUAUCCGUGUCGUCAGGAUAAUAAGUCAAGACGAGCAACAACAACGUCACGAUACCUAGCUUGGUCGAUGAUUCGUACCUUGUUCUUGUACUCGUGUUCGUUAUACUCGUCGUCAUCGUUGGCAUGCUCAUCGUCGUCGUCGUCGUCGUCGUCGUCGUCGUCGUCGUCGUCGUUGUCAUGUUCAUUAUCGUCGUUGUUGUUAAUAACCUGAUCGUUUAUUCGUCGUUGUCGUUCUUGGAUACGAUCGAACGACGCUUUCACACGGGGACAAGAAAAGAAGAACAUAAAAAACGCGGAACACACGCACGAGCCGGUUAUAUAAAUAUAUAUAUUGUAUAUCGGGUCUAGCUAAUUAUUUAGGUGAUAUUGUUGUCUUGUGUUAAAACGUCUUGCACGAUUAAAAUCGUGACGAAGUCUUUAUUGAUUGUUAAAUAAUUGAAACAGAGCACGGUACUCGUAUGCGAUUUGGGGUAUCAUCUCUCUUUUUUUAGUUCGAUAGCUUUUUCGCGUAUUUUCGCUCGACGCUGGCUUGUCUGUCUGUUUGUCUAUUUUCUCCUUUGAAUUGUUGGAAAAAAGGAACGCGUUCUGUGUGUGGCGAAGAAUACCGGAUGGAAGAUCGAAGAUCCAGAUUUAAUAUGGGCUAUAGAAGAUACGCGCGUGGCUUGAGCGAAGGAUGAAAAUCAAUGAAAUGAUCACGAAGAAAAAAUCAACGAACAGCGCUUCAAACAGAGUUGGCCAGUAAAAAAAAGUAACGCGUUAGACUUAGUUAGAGUCUGAAGGCUGAUACAGGCAACGUUUCGAUGAUUAGUCAAACAAUGGGUAGCGGGCUCCUUCUAGUCCGGCCACUGCGCGAAUAAUUAAUCACGAAGACGAUGAACAGCAGCAACAGCAAGAAAAUUAAACGAUGUAUUUAGAGCGAAGAGAAAUUACCGAAGCGGAUUCUUGAGUGGAGAACAAUUUGUCAGAUAGAAGAAAUGUGUACAGUGAUGUAAAAGCCAGCCGAUUCGAACAGCCACCUUCCAAUAGACUCAUUUUUCAAGUAUUUUCUAAGCAUGCUAGAUCUAACGAAAAAAGAAAAAAAAUUAUAGUGAUGUGUAUGAAUCGUGGAUGGACACGCGAUGUCGAACGAAAGGGAGAACGUCAAGAUGAUUCGUUUUAAUGAACGCGCCUCCCGAAUUUACGUGUUCUUCUUCUUUUUAUUUUCUCUUCUGUUCGUUAGAGAUCCCGCAAACGAUACGUAUCGUAGCCUAGAAACAAAUUGCAAACGAAGACAACGGUCAAUGAAAUGCACCACCUUCGAAGGGUUUGAUUUUGAACCAGCAGCGAGAGACAAACACGAAUUACCUCGAAUUAUGUUAAUUGAACACGAUCGAAACGAAGAUUAAACGUACGUAGUUAAACUUUAGGGCGAGCAAACGAACGAAUUACCACGGGGCAUAUGGCUGAGAAAUAUUCCAAACACGAAUUAAAACUGUCGACAGAGAUAAAAACGAUAGCUGCGACACAGUGUAUAUGUGUGUGUACGCGCGCGCCCGCGUUUAUACGCGUAUUAUUCGAUACGAACUACGGCGACGAUCCAGACGAUCAUUACUGAGGAUGAUGAUAACGAUGAUGAUUAUGAUAAUGAUGAUAAUGAUGAUAGCAAACGAUUAUAAACGGGCGUGUUGCUACCUAUAACUAUUAGCAUGACAAAUUAUGACUGGUCCCUAGUAACUCUUUAAUCUUACGUUUGUCGCUUAAGUUUAAUGAUAAUGUGCCGAUAUCGGCGAUGUCGAUUUGUACAUAGGGUAUAAUUAUAAUAAUGAUAAUAAUAAUUAUAAUAAUAAUAAUAAUAAUAAUAAUAAUAAUAAUAUCUAUCGGUACAACAAUGAAUGUAUUGUGGGUAGUGAUUGUAUCCAAGACCGUAAGAACGAACCGAAUGCGAGAGAAGAAAAAAAAAAAUCAAUUUUAUCGUCGUGCAAAAUGCAGAAGCAAAAAACGCUGUCGUAUUCUUCUUAUUCGAUUUUAAACAAGUUUUUAAGUUUAUUGCAUGAUACCACGCAUUGUUGUUCAUUCUCCUCGACCGAGUUCCAUCGGGACUCGCAUCAAGAACGCGUCUUCCAAAUUGCCUGAUCGAACACACACACUAACACACACAUAUACUUGUUCAAUUUUUACGAUUUUCUUUUAUCUCUCUCUCUCUCUCGCUCUCUUUGAAACGUACCAUAGAUACAAUUAAGAAUCAGUUUUGCUAGCAAUUCCCGAAAGACACGCACGAUCUCGCAAUCGGCAACCGUUGCAAGUAUCUUGCGGUCCUCAAUACUACGCACACCCAAUUGCUGUCUGUUAGCAAUGUUCGCCUUCGUAAUCUUUGCUCGAUUCUUGAACGGAGAUGUAGAGCAAAAUAAAUAGAAAGAUUCGCGGUGAAUCAAAGAGUAGGAGGAGGAGAUAUGAGCGAACGAACGAGCGCCGCGAUUAUGCGAAGCCAAUCGAGCAGAAACAAAACGCUUUGUCGACGGUCGUCGUCGAAAUGAACCGGUUAACGUCACCACGGCAGAUUACCGCGUGUGUUUUAUCGACGUCUCUUCUCGUCGCGAGAAACUGCUCGAAACCCUCUCUCGAUUUGCCGACGAAAGCAGAGAAAAAUGAAGUAAACUCUUCUCGUUUGCAUUAAGAAGAAGAAAAAAAGAUGUUUCCGGGUAGAAUUAAACAGACAAAGCACGUAAAUAAGCGAGUAAAUCGUAUUAAGGGUUAAAGAACACACCACACACAUACACACUUGUAGAAAAGAUACAUACGAAGUUACGCAUUGUGGACGCGCGUUUUAAAAUGAAAGUGAGAAAGAGAAAGAAAGGGAAGAAAGUGAGAUUUCACAGGCGCAGAAAAGAUGGUACACUUUUCUUUUCUGUGGAAUACACUUUCCAUCUAUUGAUAUCGUCGUGUGCUGUAACUAUUCUCUAUUUUAUUGUAAUACGAAUGAAUCCCUUUUUUUUUUUGUAUUUUUCAUUUUUCUUUGUGCGCGUGCCACGUUCCAAGCAUGAGACAAGGACAAAAAAAGAAGAGUAUAUAGCGUUUAGAAUGUUGUAUAUAUUAUUAAUUAAUGAUUAAUAUUAAUAUUAUUGUAUCGGCUCCGAUAGUUUAAUUGGUGAAUAUCACGUUAGUCGGCAUAAUUGUGGAUUCUGUUUUUUUCUACGAUAGGGAAGACGAUCUAUAUUAUAUUACGCGAUCGAUCGAUUGACAGUGUUUUGGAUCGUGAAAAAUUAACCGGGCGGAUUUGAAUAACGUUUAUUUUUUUUUCGCGUGAGAAUAUUUUAUUCAAAAUCGUUAUCGAUAUUUCGAACGGAGCAUUGAUAGAUUACGAGGCGAAUAAAGCAAGUGAAAAGCAACGAAACGUAUUUUAAUAUCGACGCGUAUUGAUUUUUUUCUUUUUAAACAUCGUUUUAUCUCGUCUAGUAUAUAACUUGUUUUAUUUUUUUAUUUUCAAAGAGUUUCUUGUUUUGUUUUUCAUUUAAUUUUUGAUUUUACUUGCCCCUGUCAUUUGCGUGAAUUACUUCGCACGUAAAAUUGUUUGUUUUAUUUUUUUAUUUUUCAUUGUAAUUGAACGACACCUUUCCGGGUCGAAUCGACUUUACAUCCAUUCGAUAACGUAUUUUUAUUUGUAGCUCGACACGAGGUUCGAUCGACCCAAAGACGCGACCGAGUUUCACUCGAUCAAUUUUUUUUUUAUAAUUAAAUUUUCAAUUUCAUUGACACUUUACGAUUUCUUUAUGUCUUCGAAUCAGCGAAUUUUUAUGUAGAGAACUAUCACAUUCUGAAUUAUCAAGACGUUAAAUAAUUACUGAUUGUGGGAAUACGUUUCAUUUUCCAAUCUAUACUUUCCGCUCAUUACCUUAAUCAUAGAUAACCGAUCACUCGAUCGGUCGAUCGAUCGUGCGACACGAAAAGUACAGUAAAAGCCUUUUUGCUCAUCAUCAUUGAAGUUGAAUGCGACGACGUUCGAUUCGUUCGCAUCUGUCGCGAGAAAACGAAAUGAAGAAAAAGAAAAUCAUAGAAUGAGUGUCUCGAAAUGUUUUUUCGCGAACUGACUGCCUGUUGUGCAAACAAAAAAAAAACUACGUUGCCUCGACAAAUGUGUCUAAUUUAUUGACGACGCGAUUAUUAUCAGGACCUUUAAGCUGCGUGCAAGUGAUAACGAAAGAUAACCGCGUGCGUGUGCGUGUGUUGACAAGAGAAUGAGUGAAGAGAAAGAGAAGGGGGAGAUCUGGUAUACCGGGUGGUCUUCGAUAAAAUUCGUUCUUUCUCCGUUAAUUUUUUUUUUUAAACAAACGAACUUGCGAAUUUUAGCUGAAAUUUUAGAUAACACGCGAUAAUUGUCGCGUCAGUCGACAGGGGAUGAAAGAAACUGAUGUUAACGAGAGACCAUUUCCGGGAGAUCCGUCUUCGCGAGCGUGUCUCACGCGACGUUCUUCUUUUCCUCUUGUGUAUUUUGUUUCUCCGAGAUAAAAAAAUGAAAAAAAAAAAAAUAAUAAUAAUAAG